AUGUCGCGGGUCAAAUUCGCAGGUUCAUCCUUAGAACAAAUUGCAAUAUCACGCAAAAACGCACAAAAUCUAAUAACUCAUCGACGCGAAAUCACACAAAUUUACAUCGCGAUAAAAACUCUAUACAGAAUGUUCUCAAACACUACCGAUUUUCUCGUAUUCGUCGGCGCCAUGCUGAUCCAAAUGUUCGAGAUGGGGUCGCGAGAAGUAGUAAUGCGGGAUCUGGUACAUCCAAAACACCUCAAAAUUAUACUUGGUACCAUUUUCGAUCUCUGGGAAGAAAUUGAUGCGUUAUUCAACGAAAAAAACGUGUCGACAAGCGAUCCAUGGCAAGGCUGUACCCCAAGGUAG